ACAUACGCAGCGGUACAGCUUUUGGUAAGCGUUGCGUGAAUGGUGACUCCGUGUUUAUAAUUACUCAUCGUUCAUUCGCUAUAAGCUUCAAGGAAUGUUUCGAGAAGCCGUUCUUGGCCAAAUUAUAAUGGAAUCAUAUAUCCGCUUCUUAUUCGCUGUGGAUGCUUCGCCGCAGGAUCGACAGUUCGCUCCACGAUCGAGCCCGCGACCUUCGCUCCCAAGGUCAACCCAGGAAACUAGGGCUUACCAGGAUCUGCAGAAGAAACUUACCGCCACAUACAUCCAAAGGAAAUUUGAGUUUCAUGGUAUCGACCUACUGCAUGUAGGUACAGCAUGUCAGCAAGAAUACGCCGUAUGAACGGAAUACAUUCCUGCUCUCUGAAUACACUGCCUGCGAUGGUGACGCGGCAGGUUACCGCUCGUGAAUGGUAUCCGCCAUGUUCGGAAUAUUGGAUUAUCUCCGGCUCGUUGUACGAACUUGCCAAAGAUAUUUAAAGGAGCUGGUACGACCAAGAAUGCACUACAUCUCCACGACCAAGUCUCACUCACAAGUCGAAUUUGUUCAACAUCGACUGUAUCAAGCAUAUCAACUAUAGCAAGAUGAAGCUCGUGUACCUGUCCUCCGUUGCAGCCUUUGGCUCCGCAAUCGCCUCCACGGCCCCGUGGAAAGCCCCCGGGCCAGACGACGUGCGUGGUCCUUGCCCUAUGCUUAACACCCUGGCAAACCACGGGUUCCUACCUCACGACGGGAAGAAUAUCGACGUGAACACGACGGUGAAUGCCUUAAGCUCUGCGCUGAACCUCGAUGACGAGCUCAGUCGGGAUUUACAUACUUUCGCGGUUACUACGAAUCCCCAGCCCAAUGCGACGUGGUUCAGCUUGAAUCACCUCAGCCGUCACAACGUCUUAGAGCAUGAUGCUAGUUUGAGUCGUCAGGAUGCUUAUUUCGGUCCUCCGGACGUUUUCAACGCGGCCGUGUUCAACGAGACCAAGGCCUACUGGACCGGAGACAUCAUCAAUUUCCAGAUGGCGGCCAACGCCCUUACGGCCCGUCUCAUGACCUCGAACCUUACGAACCCCGAGUUCUCCAUGUCUCAACUAGGUAGAGGCUUUGGUCUCGGCGAGACGGUUGCCUACGUCACCAUUCUGGGAUCCAAGGAGACUCGCACAGUCCCUAAGGCCUUCGUGGAGUACUUAUUUGAAAACGAACGUCUGCCCUACGAGCUAGGUUUCAAGAAGAUGAAGUCGGCUUUGACGGAAGAUGAGCUGACUACCAUGAUGGGCGAGAUCUACUCUCUCCAGCAUCUCCCUGAGUCAUUCACCAAGCCUUUUGCUAAGCGUUCCGAGGCUCCUUUCGAGAAGCGUGCUGAGAAGCGCUGCCCGUUCCACUAAACUUCAAUUCUUUAAUCUUCGUAGUGGGUAAUGGCCCUGUUCAAUAUAUCGUGGAGGACAGAGUAGAAAGGAGAUUAUGAAGUUUGUAUCUACGAGCCGCCAAUUUGACUUGUACAUAGACACUUUGGAUCCUACAUAAUUGACCUUCCCAUUUAUACAUAUCAAUUCGACUCUUCUUGCACGCAACUCGUCUAGCAAGGGCGCUCGAACUCAGGCGGGAGAUGCAUUAAGGGGUAGCGUCUAGGAUAAUUCGGGUUAUAUGCCUGACAGUAGACAAUCUAAUGAGUAUCUCUUUCAGUUGUGAGAAGGCUAAGGGGUAACAUCUCGCUAUCUAAGAGGGUUUGUUCAAUCCAAGUCACCUCUGUCCUUUUUUUUUUCUCCCUCUCUCUCUCUUUCUCGAUUAAUCAUAUUGGGGCAUGUCAGGGGGGUUGCCCUGUAGCCUUCUUCCACUUAAGGAGAUAUAUUUCCUACCAAGUCGCAUUUCUUACUUCCACAGCCUGC